AACGAGGCCUGUCCAAUAGGCUAGGCCCAUCCAUACUUCUGACUUACAGGCGCUCACAAGUUUUUGGCGACCGUUCUUAUCGAAUGCCAUGUAUAGAGCAAACAGAUGGACAACCACUGCAUCAAAGGCCAUACGUGGAUCCAACCGAACAGCUGAUAGGAUCCUUUUAAGGAAGGAAAAGAAAGUCCAAGAUACAUUUGCUAGAACAAAUAUUGCAGCUGCAGGACGAAGUGGAUUCCAUGCAUUGAAAUUUGCUGUUUCUGGUGUCAUUGCAACUGGUGCUGCUAUUGGAUCUGCAAUUUUUUAUGCUGGUAGAAAUGAUCAAAUAAGGGAUGACUUUGAAAACAAGGUCCCAUUUGCAAAGCCAGUUUUAUCAUCAAUCUAUGGAAAAAGGGAAGCACCAGUUGUAGAUUCUGGAGUGGUUGGAGAUGAAUUUGAAAGCCUUCUUCCAUUAAAGAAGGAUGGAGACUUUAUUAAUGAAGUUACAGAAUCAGUUUUAACAGAGGACCCAUUACAAGAGUCACAUCAUGCAGAAGAAACCCUUUUUGAGGAAGAAAAGGAGGUUGAGGUAGUGGAAAGUCCGGCACGAAAUAACGUGGUUGUCAUAACAACGAUAGAUGAUCAAGCUGCGGUGUCAUCAGUUGACCUCGAUAUCAGCAAUGCAAAUUCGAGAAAGGAGAAAAAGAUAAAGAAAAAGAAGGAACCGAAAGUGAAAAAAACAAAAGAGAAAAAGAAGAAGGGUGCCGAGGAAGAGAAGAAAGAAGAGCCUGUCGUAGAACCGAGUGACGAGUUGGUGGCCAUUACUGCCGCUGGGAUCACUGCUGCUGAAAUAGUUAGUAAAGAAGCCCCAACUGAGGAGACGGUCUCGGAAUCAGUAGAGGUUUCGUCAACUGAGGAGUUGGCACCAAAGGAAAUCCUUGAGCAAAAGCUAAAUACUGAUGAAAUUGCUAGGGUCAAUGAACUUGUUGAUCAAAGGGCAAUGGAAGUGCUAUUGCAAACGUACGUAGAAAAGUUGCAGAUAAUGCACGAUAAUGCUGUUCAAAAAUACACUGCUGCAACGGAACAGUUGCAGCAAUACACGAGUCAGCUUGAGAAAGCGCUUGCCGUCGAGGAGACGGGAGAGGCAUUCGACACUGAAUGGAAGGCAGCUUCUGAUUUAGAGCAUGCGUCACAGGAAAUAAUGGACGAAGCAAAAGAUGCAGAACAAACGUUGCAAGAAAACAUUGAAGCUAUUUAUGCGAUGAUCAAAAGCGUCAGGAAAUCUGGUCCUAGUGAGCUGGCUGACUUGGCGCAAGAUGCAGCCACGAAGGCCUCUCUUGACCUCAUCAAAGUGACAGAGGAUGUUAAGCAGUCCAGUGAAGUUCUCGUGAAAAUGGCAAAGGAUUACAUGGUCAAUAAAGAUGCUAUGAAAGAAGAAUUUAUCAUGACGUCAUCAUCAGAGGAAUUACCUGUUUAUCAGCAGGAAAAAGAGGCUCAAGCUCCGUUGCCUUUUAAAGACGUUUUGCUAACUUAUGCAAUGAAAAAGGUGGAUCUUUUGAAGCAGGAAAUGGAUAAAGCAAGGGCCGAAGGAGAAAGAAAACUCGAAGAGGCUUUGCAGGUUGAGCGUCGGGAUGGAGAGGAGAAGACGCACGCGCAACUGCAAAUGCAAGAAGAGAAGAUCAAGAGGGAAUACGAGGUUAUUUUGCAAAAGAGGGAGGCUGAUCUUCUUGAAGAAUUUGAAAACGAGAUCCGGAAACAAUUGAAGCGCCAGUCUGCUGCACAUAGAGACCACUUGACAGACAUGCUGCAAACACAAGCUGAGAAACUUGCAACGGAGCACAAAGACAGGUUGGACGGAGAGUUGACCAGGCAAAAGGUGGUUCAUAGUGACGAAAUGGCAAAAAUAGUUUCACAUCUACGCGGUGUUGAGUCAAUGAUAGAUUCAGUGAUCGAUGUUGAGAAGAGGAACAGAAAAUCCCGCGAGUUAUGGCUUGCUGUCCAGUCUUUAGGAUCUGUUUUGAGUGAAGAGUUGCAUAGUGGUAGAACAAAGGACCUCAUGCCUGAAAUUUCUGCCAUAGCCAGGCUGGCAGAUAACAACGAAACUGUGCAGUUUGUCCUUGGAACGAUACCAGAAAUCGCCAUUGUGGACGGGGUUUGCACCGAAGAAGGACUGAAAAGCCGUUUUGCCGAUGUUAAAAGCAUUUGCAAGCGCGUGGCGAUGGUUGGUGACAAUGUUUCUCUAUGGACGUACUUGCUGUCGACCAUUCGCUCAUUCGUUGUCUUCGAGACCCAAGCUAAGCGAGAUAUAGCGAAUGAUGUGGAUCCAGAAGCAAUCACCCCGUAUGAAGUACUAGCUAAAGCACAGAACUGUAUCGAUAGCGGAGAUUUGGAACUUGCUGUGAAAUUUAUGAGCUUAUUAAAAGGUUUGCCAAGGAAGUUAGCCUCGGAUUGGUUACGAGAAUCUAGGGCAUAUUUAGAAACGAAGCAAGCAUCUGACUUUCUUCUAGCGUUUGUGGCAUCGGAAAAUGCAGAUGAUUUUAAGGAAUGAAUAAAUUUAUGUUAGCUUAAAAUGAUUUGUGAUAGUGCAGUGUUAUAGAGACAAGCAGAACGUUUUGUGGUAACAUUUCUGGUGCUGAAUACGAAUACUUCAUGGGACAACUCCCAAUAUUUUGAGGCAAAGGAAACACUCAAAUUUUUAUGAUGUUUCUAAUAUCUACCAAAGCCUUUCGUCAUAGAAACUUCUUCUUCUAUCAACAAUUUUUGAUUGAGAUACAUUCCUGACACGCAAGGCCACAUCUGUUAUGUUACUUGUAUUCAAUCUGAUUGCAUAUUUCCUGCGACUUCAUGGAAAUAGUAAAUACAAGUCUGUCUAUGUUGAAUUCAAAAAGCAUCUGAAAGGCAACAGAGCGGUUUUCGUAAAUAAUUCCUGUUGGCUUAGCUUAGAUAUUGUAGUGAGAAUUUCAUCCGUGUGACAAAGUUCCAAGAUCCUUCAAAUACAUUAAUGUUUUUCUGUGUUGCAAAUUGUUGAAAUCUGAUUUUCAGACAAUGAAAUAAUUUCGCUUA